AUGGAGGGAACAGUAAAGCAUAAAUUACCUCCUGAAACUUCAGUUUUUUCGGCGGAACUAUGGGCCAUCCUUCAAGCCAUCCAGCUAAUCGGAGAUCUUAACACUAAGAAGAACAUCAUCUUUUCAGAUUCCGAAAGUGCAUUGGAGGCACUCAGCAACGAAUCUGCAGAUGCUGCGGCCAAACAAGCAGCCAUAGAGGGAUACAAACCCCCCUUCAAGAUCCCUUAUGAGGACCUUCUCACGGAAUCUACCGAACAAGCAAAAAGACAAUCCGAAGAAAGCAUGAAGAUCAUUUCCAAAUCCAAAGGCACUCUGUACUAUGAAAAUUUUUAUAACGCUUCAUCUAAUAAAACAUGGUUCCAUGGAGCCAACUUAUCAAGAAACGAAAUUGUAAUGAUUAACCGUCUGAGGUCAAAUCAUAUAAACGUCAACGAAAGCCUCCAUAGGGUCAACAUGGUGGAGUCUCCUGCAUGUCCCUGUGGUGAUCCCCGACAAUCAAUCAAUCACCUCAUAUUUCAUUGCGAAACCUUCAAUUCUAAUUCAUCUCCUAUAAGAAAUUACAUAGCGCAGAAAUUCCCUGAUCUUUCCCCGAACCUCCUCCCGGUCCUUCGUUCCCCUUCUCCCAAACUAUGUCGCCUGCUCUUGGCAUUCAUGAAGGCCAACGAGCUUUUCUUUUAG